AUGUAGGUAAAGGUAGAAUUAUACAAAGGGAAACAAUCCAUGGGGAUAUGAGGAUUUAUUCAAUAAUCAUGGAAAACAUCGAAACAAUUCAGAAAUGUGUAUUUGAUCAUAAAAUUGCCUUGUUUACUAUCAUCAUAAUCAUAGCUUUAUGGGGGCUUAGGAAAUAUAUAAAAGGAGCAAUGUAUUAUGGAAAAAGACGUAUUGAUGGUAAAACUGUCAUAAUCACUGGCGGUAAUACUGGCAUUGGCAAAGAGACGGCAAUAGAUCUGGCAAAACGAGGUGCAAAAGUCAUUAUCGCUUGUCGCGACAUGACAAAGGCAAAUUCUGCAGCAGACGAUAUAAAGCAUUUAAGCGGAAGUAAAGAAAUAUAUGUCAGACAACUUGAUCUGGCUUCCUUGAAAUCUGUCAGAAAGUUUGCUGAGAAUAUUAAAAAAUCGGAGAAAAAAAUAGACAUCUUAGUUAAUAAUGCUGGAGUUAUGGCAUGUCCAUAUGGGAAGACAGAAGAUGGAUUUGAGAUGCAGUUUGGUGUAAACCACCUCGGACAUUUUCUGCUUACAAACCUUUUACUUGAUUUGAUAAAGAAGUCAGCUCCAAGUCGAAUAAUAAACGUAUCAUCAAUUGCCCAUGUCUUCACUGGUCCACUUGAUUUUGAUGACAUUGCAAAAAGGGAAAAAAGCUACAGUGAAAGCAGAGCUUAUUCUCAGAGCAAACUUUGUAAUAUAUUAUUUACAAAAGAAUUGGCAUCUCGGUUAACAGGCACCGGUGUUACGACGUACUCUUUACAUCCUGGUUCUAUCAAUACCGAGCUUGCAAGACACAUGAGAGCCAAGGUUAAAUUUAUUAUGGAGGCCUUGUAUUUUAUUAUCACUUUCUUUAUCAAGACUCCAUAUGAGGGAGCACAAACUAAUAUAUAUUGUGCUGUAGAAGAAUCUCUGGAUAACGAAACGGGGAAAUAUUACUGUGAUUGUGCUGAAGCCACGCCUACAAAACCAGCUUUAGACGUCGGUGCUGCUAAGAAACUAUGGGAACUAUCUGAAAAACUGGUUGAACUUUAACCAUACGGCAAAAAUAUAAUCAAAUUGAAAGUGUUGAAUUCUCAGGUUAAUGUGCAUAUUACUAUUAAAUGGUUUUGAUACGUAAAUAUGCUAUUAGGUAAAUACAUAAUUAUGUAAUCUAAUCUCUUUUGCUGCUGUUUGAAUUUCUCCGUUUUUAGAACUGAGUAUAUAUAUCGUAAAAGCUACAGAUCAUAAUGUUUGUUACAACAUGGUAUACUUUAGAUCGCAUUUAUAUCUUUAAUUUCUUCCGAUGUUUACACGAAUUAUUUAAAUAUUUGAAGUUCUAUAAAGAUAUUUAAACUUUUCGUCUCGUUGAAUUUAUAUGUGAUGUACAAACUUUAAAAGCAAAUGGCAAGCGGCCAUUUAUUGUACAGAUUAACAAAUAAAAUAUGUUUACGAACAA